AUAAGGUAGUUGUUGUUGACUUCCAAACCUUCGCAAGAUCCCACAACUUAUCGUUGCUGCCAUUUCUGAAGCAUGCAAUUUCUCAUACAUUUUUAUCCUGUGUCUCAGAAAGAACCUCCAAGAUGGCUGAGGCUGUACUCAAGAGUGUGCUUGGAAGUUUGGCCUCUCCAGCUGUAGCAGAGCUUAAACCAUUUCUAUGUUUCAGACGAGAAAAGGAAAAACUUGAGAGCAUGUUCACUGCAAUCAAGGCUACGCUUGAAGAUGCGGAAGAGAAGCAAUUCUCAGACAGAGCUAUAAAGGAUUGGGUGGGAAAGCUGAAAGAUGCAGCUUACGAGCUUGAUGAUAUUUUGGACGAGUUUGCUUAUGAACAAAUGCGGCUGGAAGAAGAAGAAAAACCACAAUCUCUCAAUGACUAUAAACCAAACUAUAUGAAAAAAAUAUAUAUAAAAAGCCCAACAUUUUCAUCCCAUGAAUCUUUAUUUCAUUUGACUUCCACGAUUCAAGAGGAAACCCGUGGAGUCCCUGAGUGGCGCCAAACCUUCUCAUUUAUCACUGAACCAAAGGUCUACGGAAGAGAGCAAGAUAUAAAAAAAAUUGUAGAGUUUUUGGCAGGUGCUGCCUCUCGUCCUGAGAAUUUACCCGUCUAUCCGAUCGUGGGUCAAGGCGGUCUUGGAAAAACAACACUGGCAAAACUCAUCUUCAAUCACAAUGAUCUCAAAGAUUUUCAGUUAAAAAUUUGGGUAGGUGUUUCUGAAGAUUUCGGUCUCGAGAGAAUAUUAAAAGCUAUCAUCGAAGCCGCAUCUGAGGACGUCCGCAAGGACUUGGGUCUGGAGGCAACGCAAAGAAGACUUAGAAAGCUGCUUACAGGAAAAAGAUAUUUGCUUGUUUUGGAUGACGUGUGGGAUGUUAUGAAGCAGAAUUGGAAGGAGAAUUGGCAGGUGCUGAGAUCUAUACUGGACUGUGGGGAAAAGGGUUCUUCUGUUUUGGUCACCACUCGCUUCUCAAAUGUUGCAGAAAUCAUGGGAACAAUAAAACAUCCUCAUAUGUUACCAGAGCUAUCCGUAUAUUAUUGCUGGGAAUUGUUUAAACACCAAGCCUUUGGAGCAGACGAGAUAGAACAAGAGGAGCUUGUAAUGAUAGGAAGGAAGAUAGUAAGGAAGUGCGGAGGAGUGCCUCUCGCAGCAAAGGCACUUGGAGGUCUUCUACGCUCUCACAGAAAUAAGAAUAAGUGGAUUAAUAUUUUGCAAAGUAACCUUUUGACGUUAUCACCGAAUGAAAAGUCCAUAAUGCCUGUCCUUAGACUAAGUUAUCUGAACUUACCAAUUGAACUCAGACAAUGCUUUGCUUAUUGUGCAAUAUUUCCCAAAGAUGAACUCAUAGGGAAGCAAUAUUUAAUUGAACUUUGGAUGGCUAAUGGAUUCAUUUCAUCAGAUGGAAGGUUAGAUGCCGAAGAUGUUGGUGAUGAUGUGUGGAAUGAAUUAUAUAGGAGAUCACUUUUUCAGGAUAUAGAGGUAGAUGAAUUUGGAAAAGUUACAAGUUUCAAGAUGCAUGAUCUUGUUCAUGAUCUUGCACAAUUUGUUGCUGAUGAAGAGGUUUGUUGCAUUACAGACGAGGAUUAUGCACCUGUUUUAUUUGAAAGAAAAAGAAUCCAGCAUCUCUCGGAUUAUCGGUGGUGGCUCCAUUCAACCCAAUUGCAUCAAGUAAAAUCUUUGAGGACUUAUAUAAAGAGCAAAGCAACUAAGGAACUUUCUUCUGACGUGUUAAAAUGUUAUUCUUUACGGCUGCUUCACGUAAGUCUACGGGAAGAAUUGUCGGCUUCCAUCGUUGAUUUGAAACAUCUAAAAUACUUGAAUCUUUCUUGUAGUGAUUUCAAAACUCUUCCAGAAUCACUAUGUGUUGGUAAGUUACUGAAUUUAAAGAUAUUGAAAUUAGAUUACUGUCAGAGGCUCCAAAAGUUGCCUGACAGUUUGGUACGCUUAAAAGCCCUCCAACAACUGUCUCUUAAAGUCUGCAGGUCACUAUCAAGAUUGGCACCUUAUAUAGGAAAGUUAAAUUCUCUAAGAAGUUUAUCCAUGUACUUUGUUGGAGAGCAAAAGGGGUUCCUUUUAGCAGAACUGGGACUACUCAAGCUUAAAAGAGAUCUUGAGAUCAAACAUCUGGAGAGAGUGAAAAAUAUCACUGAUGCUAAAGAAAGCAAUAUGUCAAGUAAGAAACUGAAUAACUUGAUGUUGAGAUGGAGCAUUGUUAGAGAGGGGGAACUAGAAGGAAAUGAUGAGGAGGUUCUUGAAGCCCUUGAACCUUGUACCGAGACACUUCAGAGUUUGAGAGUGGAAGGGUACCAAGGUGUCCGUUUCCCACCAUGGAUGUCUACUCCUUUCUUAAAAAAUUUAACUUCUCUGGAGUUGUGGUGUUGCACAAACUGUAUAAAACUUCCCGUGUUGAGGAAUCUGCGUUCGCUGAAGAGGCUAGAGAUAACCAAGGCAAAAUAUGUAAAAUACGUACAGGAGGAGUGCUACGAUAACGAUGUAGGUUUCAUGGCUCUAGAAUAUCUAUCACUCCGAAGUCUUCCAAGCUUAAUAAGGUUAUCAAGUGAGGAUGGAGAAAACCAGUUUCCGUGCCUUUCCACACUUGACAUUGAGGAUUGUCCUCACUUUUCGCUGCAAGGGUUGCCAUCACUCAAGUUGUUAAGAAUGAGCAGGAAUCCUAAGUUGAAGGUGUGCCCAGGUUUGGAAUGUUUACCCUGUCUUGAGGAUUUGACGAUUGACAGCUGUGAAGAGGUGGAAGGUUUACGAUUUAUGACUGCCUUGAAGAAGUUAGCAUUAGUUAAUCUUAUAAACAUAAAAUCCUUGCCUGAGUGUUUUGGAGACCUUCCCUUGCUCCGUGAAUUACGCAUUUUUGGGUGUUACAAGUUGAUGCGUCUUCCAACAAGCCUUGGCCUUAGCCGUCUGGAGGUAUUGUAUAUUCAAGAUUGUCAUCCUAAGUUACAGAUGCGAUGUCUGAAGGAAAGCGGAGAGGACUGGCCCAUAAUAGCUCACAUUCCUCAUCUCUAUUUCUAAAAUGCCGGUGCACUGCAGGUAUGGAUGACAUGAGGCAAUACUUGAGGAUGCUGGGGAAACAUUAUCUAUUCAAUAGAGGUAUAAGAGUGCAGAAUCAUUUCGCAAUCAUGUCCCUGCCACCUUAAGAUUCAAAAUUUCAAGCUUCCCACAGGCUGUUCGAAGAUUUUAGUAUCUCUUCAUUUCGUUUAAGUUCAAAAUGAAGUUUGGUUCAAAUAGUUUUCAUAAACAUUUACUUGUACAAUGUUGAAAUAUUUGUAUUGUUUGCUUCUUUGUUGAUUUCACCCUCUACGGUCAUCUUAUCAAAUAUAUUUAAAAUUGUGCUGAUGAUUGUUAACAUCUUAUAGGAGUCAAGGAACAUACAGUGGCGAGGUUCCACAAACUAUCUUCAUCAUAAAAGUUAGUAAACACAUGGUUGGCCAUUGCAAA